AUUUUUAAGCUUUACAGGUCAGUCUAUAUCAGGCCACCUAGUGAGCUGGAGAAGAAAGGAACAGCAAACUCAGAAUGAACUAAAAAGGUCGAGAUUUCUUGAUAGCGCAAUGACCACACAGACCAGAGUUCGAACCUUCAAAAGGGAAAUAUAUAAUUUGUUUCUUAGUUUCUCGAGUAUCUACCACCUCGAGAUCUGAAAAUCUGAUUCUACCUUUCCAUUUUCUUUCUCAAAAGUCGUGGCUUUGAGAAUAGUUUUUUCCUCUUCUUCUCAUCAGACUCGGUUUCCUAGUUGACUCAUUUUCAAGAUCUGGGCAUCUGUCAUUUCUUUAAUAAAAGCUUUCUUUUUUUAUUUAUCCCUUUUGUUUUCAGCUGCUGGUUGCUUGUAGUAGGUAUAGUUUUGGGUGGCCUUACUUGCUUUUCAGCAAAAGCUGGGAGAUUGAGAUUUCUUCUUCUUCUCUCUCUUUAGUCUUUGGGAUCUGCGCAUUUCUCAGAAAUUAUAUGGGACUCUCGAAAGCAUGAUGCUUUUUGUUGUCUCACUUGUAAUUUGUUCGGGACUUUGUUGCUGAAGAAAACUAAGCAAUGUCUGUAGAAACAUGGUUCAUGAUUCAGAAGACUACUACUAGCUCAUGAGUUCACUGGUACUUGGAAUUAAGAUGAUUGAUCAGUUCAUCAACUUUGUAAUUCGACCUCCUAGGGCUGAGUAUGAUCCUGAUCAGUAUUUGUGGGAGAAGGAGUUUAGCCUCGGUGGCACAAAGUGUAAAAGACAAGACUUGGAGCUUACAAAUUCGAGGGGUCACACUUUGCGUUGCAGUCAUUAUGUUCCCUCAUCUUCUCGGGAGGAUACUCCUCUCCCCUGUGUUAUAUACUGUCAUGGCAAUAGUGGAUGUAGGGCAGAUGCAAAUGAGGCAGUUAUGGUUCUCCUCCCAUCUAACAUAACUGUUUUCACCCUUGACUUCUCGGGGUCAGGCUUAUCUGAGGGUGAUUAUGUAAGCCUUGGCUGGCAUGAGAAGGAUGAUCUCAAGACUGUGGUAUCUUACCUGAGAAACAGCAAUCAAGUAUCCCGUAUUGGACUUUGGGGACGAUCUAUGGGUGCAGUUACCAGCCUUCUCUAUGGAGCAGAAGAUCCUUCAAUUGCUGGAAUGGUCCUAGACAGUGCAUUUUCAAACUUAUUUGAUCUGAUGAUGGAACUAGUGGAUGUCUACAAAAUCCGACUUCCGAAAUUCACAGUUAAAGUGGCUGUGCAGUACAUGCGGCGUAUAAUUCAGAAAAAGGCGAAGUUUAAUAUUAUGGAUCUCAAUUGUGUUAAGGUUUCGCCCAAGACUUUUAUUCCAGCUUUAUUUGGGCAUGCAAGCGGAGACAAAUUCAUCCAACCUCAUCACUCUGACCUCAUUCUCAAGUGCUAUGCGGGAGACAAAAAUAUCAUCAAGUUUGAUGGUGAUCACAACUCUUCGCGCCCGCAGUCUUAUUAUGAUUCAGUAUUAGUAUUCUUCUACAAUGUUCUUCGCCCGCCUCCAAUUUCUUCAUCUUACUCAUCUAAACUUGAAAGUUAUUACAGUUUGGGAGAUGUCAAUAGCGCUACUGGUUUGGAUGAGAGUUUUCUGUAUGAGAUCAUAUCUGGUCUUCGUUCGGCAUGUAUCGAUGUUGCAAGUUCUUCUUCUGCACCUCCUGCCCCUCUAACCACAAAGCCAACGAAUGAGCUCCUUUCAGAAGCUAUGCCCAUGAUAGAUACAGUAUACCUGUUCUCUUUCUUGCUAGAAUUUUCUUCCCGUUGCUUGGUCUAUCCCUUUUGAUAAUCUAUCAAUAAUGAAACAGGAUACCGUGCUUGUGGAAGAUAAUGAUCACAACGUGGACGACCCUGAAAACUUCGAGGUAACUGGAGCAUGUGUAAAAACCAUAAUAAAUGGUGAAGUAGUAGUAGCUCUUAACUAUGUUUCCAUACACCAGUUUUGAAGCUUCUGUUAAAGACCCUCAAGUAUUGCCUUAGGAGCCCUGGUCACAGUAUGUAUUUUGAUUGUUAUUUGGCAGGGAAAGCGUAUUGAUCAGUUUGAAGAAGGCUGUUCAUUUACAAGCUCCAACAGGGAAAGCUGGGGCAGAUGCUCUUCACUAGGAGGCACUGAAGAAGAUGAGAGUUUGACAGCUGGCGAGGGUGAUCAGGUCGAGAAAACUGCUGAUGUAAACACGGAACGAAAGCCAAGAGAUUCUAGUAGAGAAGAAGAAGAAGAAGACAGUAAGGAGAAGAAGAUUAAGAACGGAGGUGAAACAGAUGCAAAGAAGCCUAGACACGAAAAAUUGGAAAGAUUGGAGGCCUUUAGCAAAAGACUGCGGCAUUACAUCCUAAAGCGAGUAAACCAUAGAAGACAUCGUUCACCUUGACAAACAAAGUUGAAGAAAAUGCUCUAAUUGUUGUAUAUCUCUGAAUCUUGUAAUGUACACUUCUCCUUCGACUUGGCAAAUGGAAUCACACGUGGCCAGUUUAACCUCAAUCAUAUCCUUACCAUUGUUUCAAAUGCCAUGCAAAUGGGCUACAUUUCUUAGAAACGCAAAACACAUCUUCAUUUUAGAUAUGUGAAUAGACAAAAACAUGUAUUGUCAAUC